GUUCACAGGAAGCACCCCAAUCCGUUUGGGGGUGGCUCGCGGUAGCACCCUUAUCUGUCAGGCAAGGAUAAAAGAAAACGUUUCCUCUCCUCUUGCCGCAGUCGCAGUCGUCCUUUCGACGGGUGCCGCGCAACUUGAUAGUGUGUUCUUUGGCAAGCCUGCUAUCGUGAGUGUGUUUUGCAGAAGAAAACUUGAAUCUAGUGUGUCUCCCCUGUGGCUCGUAAAAAGGAUUUCCAGGCUUAGGCGAGCGAGUAUAUCGUACGUAGGUUUGCCGUGGGUGUAGCUGGUUUGUUAUUCAAUUGGACCAUCCAGAGCGGAGGGAAGUGAAAAGUUACAUAGACCGUUUCGCGAUGACCCUCGGCUGUGCGGCGACAAUGUUCUUGCUAGUGUGUAUAGUUUUGCUAAGUGGCUUCAAUUGCUUAAAUGCGGUUGAAGCGGCCACCAAAGUGGACGACUCGAAGGGGCCGGUUUUCCUGAAAGAACCCACCAACCGGAUCGAUUUUUCCAACUCGACAGGCGCGGUAGUGGAAUGCAGUGCAACUGGAAACCCCCCACCGGAAAUGAUCUGGAUUCGAAGCGACGGCACGGCCGUUGGCGAAGUGCCCGGAUUGCGACAGAUUCUACCGAACGGCAAUCUGGUGUUUCCACCCUUCCGCGCUGAGGAUUACCGCCAGGAUGUGCACGCUCAAGUUUAUGCUUGUAUGGCUAAAAAUCAGUUCGGAUCGGUUAUUUCGCGGGAUGUCAACGUUAGAGCUGUUGUUCAGCAGUACUACGAAUCCGAGGUGAACAACGCUUACGUAAUACGCGGUAAUGCGGCCAUCCUUAAAUGUUCGAUUCCGUCCUUCGUGGCUGAUUUUGUUACUGUUGUGUCCUGGAACGAUGACUCUGGCAGUGUUUAUCAAUAUCUGGGAAACAAUAGUCAUACACAGGACUUCGAAACUGAUGGCAAAUACAUGGUUCUACCAUCGGGCGAGCUGCACAUCCGUGAAGUCGGCCCUGAAGACGGCUACAAAAGUUACCAAUGCCGAACCAAGCACCGACUAACCGGGGAAACUCGGUUAUCAGCCACUAAAGGACGUCUAGUGAUUACAGAACCUGUUGGCUCUAAGCCGCCAACGUUUUCCUCCGAAUCGAAGGGAAGCAUCUUCGAGAAACCGGCCAACAGCAGCUUUGCAUUGCUCUGUCAGGCUCAGGCCUUUCCCGUUCCGAUCAUGAGAUGGUACAAGUACAUCGAAGGAACGACCCGCAAACAGGCGGUGGUGCUAAACGAACGGGUCAAACAGGUCUCGGGAACGCUGAUCAUCAAAGAUGCCGUGGUGGACGAUUCGGGAAAAUACCUGUGCGUUGUGAACAAUUCCGUUGGUGGUGAGAGCGUCGAAACUGUUCUCACGGUGACCGCUCCACUGGCUGCUAAAAUCGAACCCCGCACCCAAACGGUGGACUUCGGACGACCGGCUGUGUUUACGUGCAAAUUUUCCGGAAACCCGAUUAAGACGGUUUCGUGGAUGAAGGAUGGCAAAUCGCUCGGUCACAGCGAUGCUGUGCUGCGGAUAGAAUCCGUCAAGAAGGAAGACAAGGGAAUGUAUCAGUGUUUUAUCCGGAAUGAUCAGGAAAGUGCACAAGCCAGUGCCGAACUGAAGCUGGGAGGACGAUUUGAUCCACCGGUCAUUCGAGAAGCGUUUCCCGAGGAAACUCGACAUCCCGGACCGUCAGUCUUUCUGAAGUGUAUUGCUGGAGGCAAUCCGACACCGGAAAUCUCCUGGGAAUUGGAUGGAAAGAAAAUUACCAACAGCGAAAGGUAUCAGGUCGGUCAAUACGUGACGGUUAAUGGAGACGUGGUGUCGCACUUGAACAUCAGUUCGAUCCAUUCGAACGAUGGUGGUUUGUACAAGUGCAGCGCCAGCAGUAAGGUUGGUGUAGCGGAACAUUCGGCCAAGUUGAACGUGUACGGUCUACCUUACGUACGAACCAUGGAGAAAAAAUCGAUCGUGGCUGGAGAGACGCUGGUCGUUACGUGUCCCGUCGCUGGCUAUCCUAUUGAUUCGAUUGUGUGGGAAAGAGACAACCGUCAGUUACCGAUCAACCGGAAGCAAAAGGUAUUUCCCAAUGGAACAUUGAUCAUCGAGAAUGUGGAAAGAAAUUCGGACCAAGCUACGUAUACCUGCGUUGCUAAGAACUCAGAGGGUUACACUGCCCGGGGGACGCUGGAAGUUGCCGUCAUGGUUCCUCCGAAGAUUUCCCCGUUUGCAUUUGGUGAUGAGUCCCUGAACUACGGCGAUUCGGCCUCGGUGCAGUGCAAUAUUAUUUCCGGCGAUAUGCCCAUUAUGAUCGAAUGGUUCUUCAAUGGGAUUCCCAUUUCGCAAGCGAAUUUUGCCGAUAAUGUAAACAUUGCCGAUUUCGGUAAACGCAUAAAGGCGCUUGCUAUCGAUGGUGUGGAUGCGCGCCACGCAGGAAAUUACACGUGCAAGGCCACCAACCGGGCCAACUCCGCUUACCAUUCUGCCGAGUUGAUAGUGAAUGUUCCACCAAGGUGGAUCCUCGAACCGACCGACAAAGCUUUCGCGCAAGGCUCCAACGCCAAAGUCGAAUGUAAAGCUGACGGUUUCCCGAAGCCAAUGGUUAGCUGGAAAAAGGCAAUCGGUGACACCCCCGGAGAGUACAAGGACCUUCGCUCGAACGACUCUAGCAUUCGCGUUGAAGAAGGAUCACUGUUCAUUAACAACAUUCAGAAAUCGAACGAGGGCUACUACCUGUGCGAAGCAAUCAACGGUAUCGGCUCGGGCCUGAGUGCUGUAAUUUUGAUCACCGUCCAAGCCCCACCGGAAUUCACCGAAAAGCUGCGCAACCAGACUGCUCGACGAGGCGAACCGACAGUGCUGCAGUGCGAGGCAAAGGGCGAAAAACCAAUUGGCAUUUUGUGGAACAUGAACAACAUUCGUCUGGAUCCGAAGUCGGACAACCGAUACACUAUCCGAGAGGAAAUACGCCCUGACGGUGUAAUGUCAAGCCUUUCGAUCAAGCGUACGGAACGCAGCGACUCGGCACUAUUUACUUGCAUGGCCACUAAUGCAUUUGGAAGCGAUGAUUCCAGCAUUAAUAUGAUCAUUCAGGAAGCUCCCGAAAUGCCAUACGCACUGAAAGUUUUAGACAAAUCUGGCCGAACGGUACAACUGAGCUGGGCUAAGCCUUACGGAGGCAAUUCUCCGCUGAAAAGAUACAUCAUCGAGUUCAAGCGUUCGCGCGGUACUUGGGAAAAUGAUGUUGAUCGUGUCAUCGUGCCAGGUCACACCAACGAAGCUCAGGUGCAGAAGUUGAGUCCCGCAACAACAUACAACAUUCGAAUCGUGGCCGAAAAUGAAAUUGGAGUGUCUGAUUCAUCGGAGGUGGUGACGAUCAUUACGGCUGAAGAAGCACCAUCCGGUAAACCGCAGGCCAUCAAAGUCGAACCGAUCAAUCAAACGACCUUACGAGUCAGCUGGAAGGCUCCUCCGAGAGCUGAGUGGAAUGGUGACAUUCUUGGAUACUAUGUUGGAUUCAAGCAAACCUCGCAAAACUCUUCCUAUAUCUACGAAACUGUUAACUACUCACUGGAAGGUGGAGAAGGCAAAGAACAUAGCUUAGAAAUUAAUAAUCUAAAAACGUACACACAAUACUCCAUCGUGAUUCAAGCCUUCAACAAAGUCGGAGCAGGUCCAAUGAGUGAAGAAGAGAAGCAAUACACAGCUGAGGGAACUCCAGACCAGCCGCCAAGUGAUACCAUGUGCACGACUCUGACUUCACAGACAAUCCGCGUAUCAUGGGUGAGUCCCCCUCUCGAUUCGGCCAACGGUGUUAUCAAAGGAUACAAGGUUGUAUACGCCCCGAGUGAACUGUGGAAUGACGAUAAGAACAAAGAUUACAAGAAGACUGCUUCCAGCGAUACUGUUUUGCAUGGACUGAAAAAAUACACCAACUACACAAUGCAGGUUCUAGCGACUACCUCCGGAGGCGAUGGCGUUCGAAGCGCUCCAAUUCACUGCCAAACCGAGCAAGACGUUCCGGAAUCUCCAACUGCGGUAAAGGCACUAGUUAUGUCAGAGGGAUCGAUUUUGGUGUCAUGGUUACCACCGUCGCAACCGAACGGAGUUAUCCUACAGUAUACCGUGUACAUCAAAAAUGGCGAUCAAGAACCCAAGAGUCACAAAGUACCUGCCUAUCAGAUGAGCUAUGAAGCUUCCGGUCUUGAGAAGAGUCUCCAAUAUGACUUCUGGGUUACCGCAAGCACAACCAUUGGCGAGGGUCAGCGAUCAAAAACACUGCAGGCGAAACCUAGCGAUAAAGUUCCCGCAAAAAUUGCCUCGUUCGACGACAGUUUUACUGCAACAUUCAAGGAAGAUGCUAAAUUACCUUGCCUCGCUGUCGGAUCACCCACCCCGGACAUCACAUGGAGAAUAAAGGGACAAGAGUUCGUUUCCACCGAACGUAUACGACAACUGCCCGAAGGAUCCCUUCUGAUCAAAGCCGUAAUCAGACAGGACGCUGGAGACUAUACAUGCACUGCCGAAAAUUCGAUCGCCAAAGACUCCAUCACCCACCGACUCAUUGUUCUUGCACCACCACAAUCUCCCCAACUAACACUCACCGCCACCACGACAGACUCGCUGGCUGUUAAACUAAAACCACACGAAUCGGAUACCGCACCCCUGCAAGGCUACACCCUACACUACAAACCGGAAUUCGGCGAGUGGGAAACCAUCGAUGUGGCACUGGAAGCCCCCAAAUAUACCAUCGAAAAUCUAUAUUGCGGAUCGCGGUACCAAGUUUAUGCUACAGCGUACAACACAAUCGGAGCGGGAGAACCAUCGGACAUUCUAAACACGCGAACAAAGGGUUCCAAGCCACUACUGCCAGAAAAAUCCCGCUUCAUCGAGGUCUCGUCCAACUCGAUAACAUUGCAUCUGCCAGCCUGGAAGGAUGGUGGCUGCCGGAUGUCCCACUUUGUCGUUGAACAUAAGAAAAAGGACCAAGUGGAUUGGAAUCAAAUUUCGAACAACGUAAAACCGGGUGGCAACUUUGUCGUGCUAGAUUUGGAACCCGCAACCUGGUACAAUCUCCGGGUAACCGCCCAUAACAACGCCGGCUUCACCGUGGCCGAGUACGAAUUCGCCACUCUUACCAUCACCGGAGGCACGAUCGCCCCCAAUCUGGGCUCGAUCCAGCCAGGUGUUGUGUACCCGCCCUGGAUCCCCCACUGGAUCGAUCUGAACGUAAUGGUGCCACUGAUAGCGACUAUUAUCGUGGUGGCGGUAGGUGUGCUCGUGAUAUGCGUGGCGAUCUCACGCCGACGAGACGACGAUCCACGCUGUGGCCCGAAGGAUGUCUAUUAUGACGUCGUGUAUAACCAAUCGAUGGGUCCGGCCGGAGCGGCCACCCUGGACAAACGUCGACCGGAUAUUCGGGACGAGCUGGGCUACAUUGCUCCACCAAACAGAAAGCUACCCCCGGUACCUGGAUCCAACUACAAUACGUGCGAUCGUGUCAAGCGGGGAACCGUGAUAAGCCAUAAUCAUUCCAAUAAGUCAAACCACUCAACCUGGGACCCUCGCCGACCUCUUUACGAGGAACUGAAGACCGUGGUACCUCCGCCGCCCAGACGAUGCAACCAUCCACCAGCGUGUUACGGCAUGGAAGAUGAAAUCUGCCCGUACGCCACCUUCCACCUGUUGGGCUUCCGCGAAGAGAUGGAUCCGACCAAGGCGAUGAACUUCCAGACGUUCCCGCAUCAGAACGGCAUGGGCGGCCCAGGGCACAUGGGAACGAUGGGCUCGAACAUGGCGAUGCAGGUGCCGAACCAUGUGCACUCGCGCUCCGGAUCCCAGUCAAUGCCACGCCAGAACCGGUAUGCACGCAAGAACAGCCAGGGAGGACAGAGCAGUAUCUAUACACCGGCACCGGAGUAUGACGACCCAGCUAACUGCGCCGAAGAGGAUCAAUAUAGACGGUAUACUCGCAUUAACGCACAGGGAGGCUCCAUGUACUGCGGACCUGGCCCCGAAUACGACGAUCCAGCUAACUGUGCACCGGAAGAGGAUCAGUAUGGAUCGCAGUACGGUGGAAACUAUGGAACACCGUACGACCACUACGGAUCACGAGGAUCUGUUGGACGACGCAGUGUCGGAUCUCCAGAACCUCCACCACCUCCACCACGAAACCAUGACACCAGCAAUUCGUCUUUCAACGACUCUAAAGAAAGUAACGAAAUUUCGGAGGCCGAAUGUGAUCGCGACAACGGUCCUCGAGGCAAUUAUGGCGAAGAAUCAGCCGAGGCUACCGCCAAAUCCACCGAUGCCCUCAAUGCCGAGGAGACUGAAAAAUUGCUGAAAAGAAACGAAGUCAAACCCAAGUACGCCAAACAAACAGCAGCCCCCGCCGGUACAGGACUCACAGCCUACGAUACUAUGGCAGUGUAAUCUGUAAAUGGUCCCAAGCCCCCCCGGACCGUGACUGGUAGCAGCCAACGAAAGGCCAUCACCGACCAUCAAAAGUAGGCCUCUGCUAGCAACAAACCCCAUGCUUCCAGCUCAUCAAAACCCUCAGCUCCCGAAUCCCGAUCCCUUCUCUCAUCAUCAUUCCUAUACUUGAUCCGCCGAAACUUAUACAGAACAAAAAAUGCAUAUGAUGACUCGCACAACAGUUACGGAACCAUCCGGCGGAGCUCACUGUCACUGUGGCGCAAGCGGCAAAAAUCAAACUUCCGCUGAGUCAUCGAAACGUCCUCAGCAAUCAGUCAGAUCCGAGUCAGAUUGUUCGACUAUUGUACAAUUAUUCUUACAACAAAUAACAUUUACCGAUCGCAUAUGGUUUGAACCAGUGUCUGUCUAUAUACCUAUAAGUGUAAAGUCUUCACAUUGUGUGUAUUUCUAGGUUUUAUUCAUUUUUAACUAUUUUAAUUAUUUGUGAUAGCAGGUUAUAGGUUUACGAGCGAGAAACGACUAAAUCUGAGUCCAGAAUAUGAUUGCACAGGUAUAUUUAACAAAAAAAAAUCACAUUGUAUAUCGAACCAAGAGCAUGAUAAAUCCAAUUAGUCCUGAUCCUACUCAAAUUUUACCGACGGGAAAUAACAGAAAAAAAGUCAUCAUUAGAACAUUAUCAAUCUACAACCUUAACCAAGAACUUCUACCUUUAACCGACAGCUAUAAUAUACAUUUUAGAUUCCUUCGACGAUACAGCACGAUAGCACGAGCCGAUGAGCGGCUGGGUAGUUUGAAGAAAAAAAUAAUAAUAAAAAUAAAAUGUCAACUCAAUCAAAUAUAGCAACAACCAAUCAUCUUAUCAUGUAAUGUAGAACUGCCACCGCACAAGCAUACCAGGCAGCAUAAAUGCAUUAUACAUACACACCACAAACCGCAGCCGGUGCGGUAUGGUAUUAGGCGCGCGAGAAAGAGUGAGAUAGCCCGGGAGCGAGAGAGAGAGAGCAUCUAGGUGUAAGAGUUUAUUAACCACUUAUGCAUGCUGUAACCACCACCAAACCCUGCCACCAGUGGCAGCCAAAAAAAAAUAAAUGUAAUUUCCGCGUCCCCAUUAUACAGCUCGUGAGGUGCAGUAGCUGGGCUGUACCCACAAUUUAACCGAAACUCCGGAACGACGGUGACAUAUUCCAGAACCGUCGGUUGGUUGUAAUCGUGAAAAGAUGGUUGUCUCGGGAUGGAGCCUGAACUUGAAUUGUCACUUUUGAGUUCACCUGCUAACUCUAGUGCCCUGCCUGCUAUGAUGUUUGUGGUUUUAGUGUCCUAAGUUUUGUGUGCUUAUAUUAUUUAAUUUAACACAGGGUCGAAACAAGAGCGGAAAAACCGAGCUUUAAUUUUACUUCCAUGCGAGCAUAUCUUUAGUGAUUAGAAAUAUUUUAGUAGUUUUAGGUUUUUGGGCCCCCAUUCGGGGCUCACCUUUGAACGUUACAAUUAGGAUUCGUUAGGAUAACAGAUGCUGUGAGAACUGAAAAUACCAAAAAUGUAAAACAAACACAAGACAUGAUUGAGAUAGUGAACGACGAUUGCUCAAUUUUCCUACCAAGUGCGUGACGCCUUCCUCCCUUACUCCAUGAAACGAACAAUCAAUUGGGAGGAAUUGAUGUUUGUUAGGCUAAAAAACACACAAAACACAAACGAAUAGAAGACGUGCACACUAGCUGUAGUCAUAGAGGAAAAAGAGCUUUCUGGUAGAAAAGAUUUGUAGUAGAGCAUAACGCCUUGCUUAAUGUUAGAAUUAGUUUUUUAUAUUCUUAUGUUUUUUUUCUUGAUUUCGAAGGUUAUUGACAGUGGAGAAAAGUACAGAAAAUACAGGGUUGGAUAAUAUGACUGACCUCACAUCACAAUUUCACCCGAUGGAAACACGGUGUCCUAGUACCAGCCCUGUACAAAAGAACAUUAACUAGCCAGCUAAAUUUUGGCUUUCCAAAUGCUAAUCGCUGAUACGCUGAAUUUGCGGGGAUUUUUCUAUAGAAACUGUGAACUGUUUGCCAGCAACAAAGUUUUCAGAACUUCAUGCAACUCCUUGGAAAUCGAAAACAAAUGUUUUCCUUUGUCAAAAACAAGAAGAGGUCUUAACAAAUACUCAUGUUUUACUGUCGGGAACAAACAAUCCAUUCAUAUGUUGUCUAUAAGGAGCAAAUAAAAGCUUGGUCUAUGUAAAAAGAACAAAUUUUGGCAAAAUUGAACUCGAUUGUGAGUCAUUCAAAGUUUAGUGCUAAUCAAAUUUUAGCGAUUAGCGAUACUGGAUUUUUUGACUAGCGGUGUCCAACCCGGCUUUUCCCAUCAGGUAUUCAUAUGUAUAUUAGCAAAACACCUUUUUGUUCUAUUUUCCGUGCUCUGACGGUUGUGAAUUGGGUCCAACCUCUUAACGUAAAAAUAAAAAAAAGUAAACUGCCCUCAAUUUGUUCUCUCGCAACUCCACAAUAGCAUGUCCUUCAAACGAAAUUAGCUUAUACGCAUUAUCCAAACCCCGUCUUAGCAACUGUAGGAGCCUAUAGUGAAUUAAACCUGCACUCGCAACUCUCAUCCUGAGACAACCAUCAGAAUCGACCCGCCACUAGAGAGUAGUGACAGAGGGCGGAGCAAAUGAAAAAGCAUUUAUAUAAAUAAUAUUAUCCUUUUUGCUAGGUAUGUUUAUAUAUAUAUAUAACUAAUAACGACUACAAGUUACUGUAAACGAUUAAAAUACUUCCUACUCAAGUAACCCUUAACACGCAUACAAGCAAGACGAAAGGAGAAGAAAAAAAACUCUUGGACUCAGUUAUUACGAAAUAAACUAACACAAGCAUUAAUAAAUCACUUUUGUAAUUUAUUGAAUAAUAGACAAGUAAGAGCAUAGGAACAAAUUUUUAUACUGUGUGAUGAAAUUUUUCGGUACGGCUAAGUUUUCCAAUUUUCCGCUUCUUUGUAAAAAUUUUACUUCUGUACUUUGUACUGUCUGUUGUUUUCAGCCCGAAGAUCUGAUGAAGUAACGUGAUUGAACAAAUUAUUUCGUAAACCAAAAGUAAACUAAAGACUAUCGUGAUGAACAAAAUUAAUGAUGAGUGUAAUAAGCUCUACUAAACAUAGAUGUAUCGCAUUUGGUACUAGCCUAGUAUACCCACAGCAGACAUGACAUACCAGAUUCAAAACGAAAAGCAAAAAAAAAAUAAAA